UUAGAGUGUAGCAAUUUCAAAGAACCCAGUCAUAAUGUUUGUGUCAAGUUUUUUUCUUCUUCUAAUAUCAACAAUUGUGAUCCAUGCUGCCCAAUUACCAAAUUUCAUAAAAAAAUGUGAUAAAAAUGAUCCUAACUUUGGUGAAUGCGGCAUUGCUGUCAGUAGAGUGGUUAUACCUAGAUUAGUGACUGGUUAUAAAGAAUUGGGUUUUCCCCCAAUCAGUCCAUUCCAUGUAGAUGAAAUUGGAAUCGAAGCGACUGAAUCAUUGAAACUAAAACUCACAGACGUGGAUAUUUAUGGAUUAGAGAAAGGAAAUAUAACCGAUAUGAAAUGCGAUUUCAAGAUUGGAUCAUGUUCUACAUCCAUUUAUUUCCCGCAGUUAGAAGUUAAAGGUACGUACGACAUCGAUGGUCAGGUGUUGAUUCUACCAAUUAAAGGUCACGGAGGGGCCUCAAUUAAAAUAGAUGAUGCUGUUUUCGACUUUACGUUGGCUUGGUCCUUGUAUAAAAAGGAUGGAGUGGAAUAUGCAACACCCGGAGAAUUUGUGUUGCACUACAACACAAAUAGGAGUUUUUAUCACUUCGAUAACUUAUUCAAUGGCGACAAAGCAUUAGGUGACCAAAUGAAUAAUUUUCUAAAUGAAAAUUGGCAAGAUUUGUCCAAGGAAGUCGAACCAGCUGUUUCAAGGACGAUCAGUGUCAUACUAAAAACAAUGUUCUCUAGAUUAUCCGAUCAAAUUCCGUAUAAUGACCUUUUUCUAUAAUUAGUUGAAUUUAAUAUUAAGUAUUGAC